CUCGUGCAGGUGCAGCAGCGUCAGACCGAUCCAUUCCAACUGCAUGCGAACCCCAGACCUGCGACCCAACAGCGACCCAACUUAACCUCGACGACGUCCAGCCUCUUUUUGCCGCUUCCAUCCCCUUCCUCGCGCCUCUUGCAGCGCGCAAUGAUCCUCAGACGACGCCGCUCGACUCGCCGGCCAUGAACGCCGCCUCCGCUUCAGCUCCCCUCGCUCCCAGAGCCCCGACGAGGCCCAAACAGGCGGCCGUCUCUCCGCCUCCCGAAGCCGGUGCCGGCAAUACCGCAGAUCGCCGGAGCAACCGUGCCGCACCCAUCGACCCGCUGUCGGACCGGGCCACGCUGAACCUCGUCCGCCGGACGCUGUGCCCGCAGCACCUGGGAGACAAGGCCCGAGAUGCCCAGCCCGCCCUCGAGGACCUGCUGCCGCCGCUGACGAGCCGCAACGAUGUCGACCUGCAGCUGUACGCCUUCCUGGCCAUCAUCAUGCGCGACUUUGUCCAGAGCUGGUACGGCAAGAUCACCACCGACGAGACGUUUGUGCCUGAGAUUCUCCGCAUCAUAGCACACUGCACCACGGCGCUGGAGCAGAGGUUUAGGAAAUUAGAUCUCGAGAGCUUGCUGCUGGAUGAGAUUCCGGAGCUGCUCGAUAAACAUGCUACAGCUCGCCGUGUGGCCUCUCGGUCUGCCUUUCAACCGUCCGUGGAUGCUGAUCCCCGAGAGGUCUAUCACUCCAUAUUCCCCUUGCCGUUCCUCUCCCCGGUACCUCGCUUGGGUAAUGGGACAGCCGUGGAGCUGCAGCGGCAGAAUGAGGCGACGUAUCGCCAGCUCCUGGUCCAGGCCGUUCUGGCCAUCCUGCUGCCGACUGAAGAUUUGGAGAACCCUUGUCUGACGGCUCUCGUGGAGCAAAUCUUGUCCGAGCUCAUCAUUGGCAAUGUGAUUGCGGGUAAAGCAUCCCAGCCAUGGCUGCUCUACGAGGCCAUUUGCAUAUCCGCAAGGUCAUUGGGCGAGCAGAAAGCCAGAACCAAAGCGAGGAUCGUGACUGGGACAGACCAGCCGUUGCCGUUAUCAUCGGACCUCGGCCAGGAUGCGGCCAAGUCGCCGAAGUGGACGGUCCACGGGGUAUUUGUCCUGAUUAUUCACUUAGGCAUCCUCUUCUUCAACGCAGUCAGGUUCAUGGCGGGUAUAUUGGCGGAUUCUAUAUCCUUGCCGCCUAGAACGGCGCUUCAUCUCGAUGAGGAAGCCGCUCACGACAUUCACGACGACGACAAACGACGACUGCUAUCCACGGAUACGAACCUCGAUCGGGCCAAAGUACCUGUACUUUCCUUCAAGCUCUGGUCAUGUCUCGGAAACCUGAUUGAGCUAGAGCAGCGGAAGCCUUGGCUGGGUGGCUUCAUAUCGCUACUACGGACGGCGGCCGUCAAUGGGCCAUGGCGCAUUGCGGGGCUUGAUGGCCCUCUUGACAGACUCCUUUCGCAUCAUAUCCGAGCUCUCUUCGACUCUUCUCAUCUGCCGCCCAUCCUUCGGUCGCUCCGAGGCGCCUUGUUUCCCAACAAUAGCCUCGGCACGUCCAGCCUGGUACCUCCCCAGUCGGAGGAGGAGCUGCUCGCUCUUCGCCGCAGGGCGGCUGGCGCCAUUCUGGGCCUGGUCCCCGCAAGCGUUGCCCGCGUGUACUUUGGGCGUCGGCUUUGGCGCUUGGGCGGGCUGUUUGACCCUGGCGAAGACGUCGGAUCGUCGUCUGCCGCGGCUGACGAGCAGGACGGCGACGAGAGGAUUUUGGACGAGCUUGAGGGGCUGCUGGACGUUGUUGUUGGUGAUGAGUAUUGUAACAAGCAUCUGAUGUACAGCGCGUUGGAGCUGCUUCUCGUGAGGCUGAUGCCCGAACUAAGCGAGAAGGGUGUUGUGGAGCUAUGGGAAGAGAGACUUGGCUAA